AUGCCAGCCAAAAUCCCUGAGUCUGACACUGAAGCCCCUUCAAAUAUCAAUGACGAUGAAAUUAAGGAAACUACCACGAUACUUCAUCCUCACCCCAAGGGCACUUACACCACUACCUCAUUCCAAAUCUUACUGCUUGACUCGUUGCCAGUCCGCCUCCGGAUACUCCAUCUCUUGACCAGUUUGAACACACAAAUCUCUUACUUGGAUGUCCUUGCCUUGAGUUCAGAACUCAGCAAUGUGUCUCAGGCAUACCACAGUUUCAUGAAGGAUAAUCAAAGUUCCAGCAUAACGCCAUUCCACCGAAACCUACUUGACUGGUUCGUGCGUCGAUUCAUGAUCCCUCUGCAUUGUCACUUUACAAAUAAAGCCCGCACAAACCCAUUAUUCACCUUCUCAUUAAAAGUCAGCCUGGAAACAGCCAUGACUAUCAUGUCGCCUGAACCAGAUGACGGCUUCUCCAAACUAAUGGUCAAUGGUGGGGGCUUAUUCAGAGAGGGUAUCUGGUGCGCGAUGGCUGUCCUUACCACUGAGCUCCUAGCCCAGCUCGAAGCUCAACACAUGGACGGAACAUUGCACCGCAACUGCGACUAUAUUAUUCUUCUCAAGCAGUCUGUCAAUAACUUGAUUACUCUCUCUUCUGAGCGGAUUCGCUAUGGAGAGACAAAUAUCAAGGGCCAUAUGUUUCUCAGCAUGAUCUUGGCGAAGGUCGAGGCAGUGGAAACGGGCGCCGAUUGUGAAUUGGCUAUGGCACGGAGUGCGAAAGACAGCCUUGAAUUCUGCCAUGGCCUUUUAUUAGCUCAGGCUGACUCUUCACUGUUGGGAAUUGCCGACAAUGGUAGAUUUGCAUCCGGGUCAAGUCUUGAUGAUGGGUCCGAAAGUCCUGGUUCUGGAUACGACUUGGACUUGGACUGGGGCUUUCUUUUGCCAGAUGCUGGGUUUCCUUGA